CGGUGCCGCCAGACGGCGGCGGCCGGGCUGGGCGCUGCCGGCAGCCGGAGCAUCCCCGCUCCGCCCCGCAGCCGCGGCCAUGACCGACAACAUCCCGCUGCAGCCGGUCCGGCAGAAGAAGCGCAUGGACAGCAAGCACCGCGGCGGGUGCUGUGAGUGCCUGAGGUGCUGUGGCAGGAGGGACCCCCGGCCUCGCAGCGUCUGGCUCGGGCACCCAGAGAAGAGAGAGCAGAGGUACCCCCGCAAUGUCAUCAACAACCAGAAGUACAACUUCUUUACCUUCCUCCCUGGGGUGUUGUUUAACCAGUUCAAAUACUUCUUCAACCUUUAUUUCUUGCUCUUGGCCUGCUCUCAGUUCGUGGUUGAGAUGAGGCUUGGUGCACUUUACACAUACUGGGUUCCUCUGGGGUUUGUGCUGGCUGUCACCGUGAUCCGCGAGGCGGCCGAGGAGCUGCGCUGCUACAUGAGGGACAAGGAGGUGAACUCGCAGAUCUACAGCAAGCUCACAGCCAGAGGGACUGUCAAGGUGAAGAGCUCUAACAUACAAGUGGGUGACCUCAUCAUUGUGGAAAAGAACCAGAGGGUCCCUGCUGACAUGAUCUUCCUGAGGACGUCGGAGAAGAAUGGCUCCUGCUUCCUGCGCACGGACCAGCUGGACGGGGAGACCGACUGGAAGCUGCGGCUGCCCGUCACCUGCACCCAGCGCCUGCCCACGGCCUCUGACCUGCUGCAAAUCCGCUCCUACGUCUACGCAGAGGAGCCCAACAUUGACAUCCACAACUUCGUGGGGACCUUCACCAGGGAGGACAGUGACCCUCCAGUAAAUGAAAGUUUAAGCAUAGAAAACACCCUGUGGGCCAGCACAGUGAUUGCAUCAGGUACUGUGGUGGGAGUUGUCCUCUACACGGGCAGGGAGCUGCGCAGUGUGAUGAACACCUCCAACCCCAGAAGUAAGAUUGGCCUCUUUGAUUUGGAGGUGAACUGCCUCACCAAGAUCCUGUUUGGGGCUCUGGUGGUGGUGUCCCUGGUCAUGGUGGCCCUCCAGCACUUUGCAGGCCGUUGGUACCUGCAGAUCAUCAGGUUCCUGCUGCUGUUCUCAAACAUCAUUCCCAUCAGUUUACGUGUGAAUCUGGACAUGGGGAAGAUUGUGUACAGCUGGGUGAUCCGCAGAGAUUCCAAAAUCCCUGGCACUGUGGUUCGGUCCAGCACCAUCCCUGAGCAGCUGGGGAGGAUUUCCUAUUUGCUUACAGACAAAACAGGGACUCUCACCCAGAAUGAGAUGGUUUUCAAGAGGCUCCACCUGGGAACGGUGGCCUACGGCCUGGACUCCAUGGAUGAGGUGCAGAGCCACAUAUUCAGCAUUUACACACAGCAGGCACAGGACCCCCCGGCCGUGAAGGGGCUGUCUCUGGCCACCAAGGUGCGGCGCAGCAUGAGCAGCCGCGUGCACGAGGCCGUCAAGGCCAUCGCGCUGUGCCACAACGUCACCCCCGUCUACGAGAGCAACGGCGUCACCGACCAGGCCGAGGCCGAGCGCCACUACGAGGACUCCUGCAGGGUGUACCAGGCCUCCAGCCCCGACGAGGUGGCCCUGGUGCAGUGGACAGAGAGCGUGGGCCUGACCCUGGUGGGCAGAGACCAGUCCUCAGUGCAGCUGAGGAGCCCAGGGGGGCACAUCCUCAACUUCACCAUCCUGCAGAUCUUCCCCUUCACCUACGAGAGCAAGCGCAUGGGCAUCAUCGUGCGGGAUGAAUCCACAGGAGAGAUCACGUUCUACAUGAAGGGGGCAGACGUGGUGAUGGCUGGCAUCGUGCAGUACAACGACUGGCUGGAGGAGGAGUGUGGUAACAUGGCUCGGGAAGGCCUCAGGGUUCUUGUCGUGGCCAAGAAGUCUCUGACAGAAGAGCAGUACCAAGACUUUGAAGCACGCUAUGUCCAGGCCAAGCUGAGUGUCCACGACCGCUCCCUGAAGGUGGCCACGGUCAUCGAGAGCCUGGAGAUGGAGAUGGAGCUGCUGUGUCUCACUGGGGUGGAGGACCAGCUGCAGACGGACGUCAGGCCCACGCUGGAGACGCUGAGGAACGCUGGCAUUAAGGUGUGGAUGCUGACAGGGGAUAAGCUGGAGACAGCCACGUGUACGGCCAAGAACGCUCAUCUGGUGACACGGACCCAGGACAUCCAUAUAUUCAGACUAGUGACAAACCGAGGAGAAGCCCACCUGGAGCUGAACGCCUUCCGCCGCAAGCACGACUGUGCCCUGGUCAUCUCGGGGGACUCACUGGAGGUGUGCCUCAAGUACUACGAGUGCGAGUUCAUGGAGCUGGCGUGCCAGUGCCCUGCCGUGGUGUGCUGCCGCUGCGCCCCCACGCAGAAGGCGCAGAUCGUGCGGCUGCUGCAGGAGAGGACGGGCAAGCUCACCUGUGCCGUGGGUGAUGGAGGGAAUGAUGUUAGCAUGAUUCAGGAGGCUGACUGUGGUGUUGGAGUUGAAGGAAAGGAAGGGAAGCAGGCAUCACUGGCAGCUGAUUUCUCCAUCACUCAGUUCAAGCACCUGGGCCGUUUGCUCAUGGUCCAUGGAAGGAACAGCUACAAGAGGUCUGCAGCCCUCAGCCAGUUUGUGAUCCACAGGAGCCUCUGCAUCAGCACCAUGCAGGCUGUUUUCUCAUCAGUGUUUUACUUUGCAUCAGUUCCUCUCUACCAAGGCUUCCUCAUCAUUGGGUACUCCACAAUUUACACCAUGUUUCCUGUGUUUUCUCUUGUCCUGGACAAGGAUGUGAAAUCUGAAGUUGCAAUGUUGUACCCAGAGCUCUACAAAGAUCUUCUUAAGGGACGACCGUUGUCAUACAAAACAUUUUUAAUCUGGGUCUUGAUAAGCAUUUAUCAAGGUAGCAUCAUCAUGUAUGGAGCUCUCCUCCUCUUUGAAUCCGAAUUUGUGCACAUUGUUGCCAUUUCCUUCACGUCCCUGAUCCUCACCGAGCUGCUGAUGGUGGCACUGACCAUCCAGACGUGGCACUGGCUGAUGAUCGUGGCUGAGCUGCUCAGCCUCUCCUGCUACAUCGCUUCCCUGGUCUUCUUGCACGAGUUCAUUGAUGUUUACUUCAUUGCCACCUUGUCGUUCCUGUGGAAGGUCACUGUCAUCACCCUGGUGAGCUGCCUGCCCCUCUACGUCCUCAAGUACCUGAGACGGAGGUUUUCUCCCCCCAGCUACUCGAAGCUCACGUCCUAGGGCCGCUGCUGCUGGCACACAGAGACAGGCAUUGCCCAGGGCCCCGAGACACCCCGGCUGCUCCCCAAUGAACAGUCCUGUCCCUCAGGGCCCCGUGGUGAUCUCUGAUACCUGCUGCUGUGGUGAGGCACUUCCAGACUGCCCUGGACGGGACCCCAACACCACAAGGGACUGUUUGGAGGGUGGAGGCUCUGAGUUCAUCCGGUUCUUGGCACUUUUGUUCUACUUAACUGGGGUCAAAUGCAUGGAACUGCGAUGGCAAUGGGUUUCUCUUGCAUGGUUCAAAGUCUGUGGAAGCUGCUACCUGACCUUGGGAUUUACAUUUGACAAUUUGAAGUGAAUUUUUUAAGUGUCUACGCUGUCCUUUGCAUUGUGUUACCUUUUGUUAAGUUUAUGUUAUUCGUCUUUUUUGAUUCAAGUAGUUACAUUCUUUUUACAUCUUGGAAAUCCCUUAAUGUAGGUGAUGCACUACACUGCUGACAGCUGAUUCCUGAUUUAUGGCAUGUUGUUUCCAUAAUGGGGCUCCAGCCUGUCGGAUCUACACACACUGGAGAAUCUGAGCGUGUCUGAGAUUUUCCUUCCGUUAAAAUGUGGUCACCCCAGUGAUUUUGGAGGUAUCCAACCAUUGAUAAAGACAGAAAAGUGGUAGCUCAAAACGAGAAAAUUCAGUUUUGUUUAGCUUUCGUGCUUCCUCUUAAAAGGAGCAGUGACAUAAUAGUUUCACUCUGUAUUUAUUUGUGUAGGAGAAAAUUAUCUAAACUAAGGCAAAUCCUCUUUGGAACAGAACUUUGCAGUUGAUCAUCCUUGAAAUGUGUCGACAACGUGAGAAGAGUCUCGUACUGUUCUGCAGACAAUGUGGCAGACGUGUCUUGAAUCCUUGGAGACUGAAAGGAGAGGUCACAGAGCUGCUACUCCUCACAGCUCCAUGAAAUCUGUUUCCUGUUAGUGUGAAACUUUGAGGAUGAGCUGCAAGUAAGCAGAGGCACUCCUAGGUGGAUGUUUUAAUGACAUGCUCCCUGCAGAGAGGAAGUUUUUGGAGCCUUGCACUUGCUUGGCUCUAAAAACCAAACCUGAAUCACAAGAGUGGGUUCAUACAAAGGCAUUAGGCUGAAUGCAGAGCAAAUUUAUGUGUUUUUCGUUCUCAAAAAUUAAACUCAGUGAGUUCUGUCAUUAUUAUAAUUAUUUAGUCCACAUUAUAAUUUCAUGAGGAGAGCCACACAUACUUGGGCUUCUCAGUAGGACAGAGACUUACAGGGACCUUUUAGAGCUGGGCUGGUGCAUCAAGCACGGAUGGGCUUUAAGAGGCAGCCAUCCUUGUCUGAGGCUCCUCAGUCUGUGCUAAAUUAGCUGCUUGCUGUCUUCUUCCCACAUCAGAGAAACCACGGGCGGAGCUGGCACUGCUUGGGACCCUUGUUCCUUGGCUGCCCAGGGGGAGAGAGCCCAGGCUUGAGCUCCUGUCCCAAGGCAGAGCCAGGGCCUGAGCUCCUGUCCCAGACCAGAGCAGAGCCUGAGCUCCUGUCUCAGAGCAGGGCCAGGGCCUGAGCUCCUGUCCCAGAGCAGAGCCAGGCCCCCCUCUGGCAGUUGGGCUCACAAACUCCUGUGAAUUAAUUAAUUAAUGCCGUUUUGCCAGAAAGGUCCUUAAGGCUGUCUUCAUCAUGAGAGGAUAGUGUUGGCCAUGCCACUGCUCUGGAGUCCCCAGACAGCGUUUCACAGAAUCAUGGAAUGGUUUGGGUUGGAAGGGACCUUAAAGCCCACCCAGUGCCACCCCUGCCAUGGCAGGGACACCUUCCACUGUCCCAGGGUGCUCCCAGCCCUGUCCAGCCUGGCCUUGGGCACUGCCAGGGAUCCAGGAGCAGCCACAGCUGCUCUGGGAGCUUGUGCCAGGAUCUCACCUCCCUCCCAGGCAGAAUUUCUUCCCAAUAUCCCAUCCAGUUUGCUUUCAUUAGUUUAAGUACAAGAAGCAAGAAUUCCUCUUGGCCCCAGGUGGUGACUGGGCAGCCCAGUCCCCCUGGGCUCUGGUGCCCAGCCCUGCCCCUCUCCUGUGUGUUGGUAGCUCAAUGUCCUGCAACAGCAACAGUGCCAAGCUACUGUGUGUAAAUAUUUGAGACAUAUAAAUGGUAGAAUUCACUGUUUCCUCAAGUCAAUACAGUUUACACUGAGUGGACCAUAUUUGCAAACUAUUAGCUUACACCAAGAAAGGGAGUGAACUGUGAUUUCAUUUGUAUUUAUUGAAUCAUAAGUUUAGUAGCAAUUUAGUAGAGUUGAUAGUGAUCUAGAGCUGUGUUUUGGGGCGUGGAUUAUGUUCUUUGCAGUUUGUGUUUUUGCACAAGGUAGUAAAUCCAGAAGUCAUUUCUGCCUGGAUAUAUACUACAUCUUUUCAAAGCAGUCAGAGACUAAAACUGCCAUCUAACAAACAGCAGGAAAGAGGAACACUUCUGUUUUUUAAGUUUAGCACUUUAUGUUUGCAAUCCAUUUCUCAUAAGUUAUUUAAAAAUGUUUUUAAAAGCAAAAUUUAAUACACAUGUUCCUAUUUACUGUACAUUAAAAUAAAUGGAUUCUCUGCUUGAAAUUUCAUCUUUUCCUCUAGUAUGCUCAUAAUUUGUACUUUUGGGGAGUGAAGCAU